ACCAAUCAUAACAAAACUCUGUCAGUCAUUAUGGUAGUGAAUUGAAAAAUAGCUCAAAUGGAAGGCAAACAGUUUAAAAAAGCAAAACAACCUUUUCUUUAUCUGAGCUUGUUUUGCUUUCGGCAGCACAUGAUGUCGUCAUAACGUAAAUCCUUCCAGAAAACGUGACACGGAAAUAUAAAAAAAACAAGUAUGGAUCUUGAGGAAGCAAGCAGGUGGUGAUGGUGCCACACACACACACACACACACACACACACACACACACACACACUGUACAUAACGGUGUGUGUAUAUAUACUAAGGCUUUUUUCUUCUUCUUUUUUUUUACAGAUGUUGUUAAUCAGAAGCACGUUUGGGUUGCCAGGUUGUGAGGAGGAUAUAGACACCAGCAUCUGAACCAUUGGAAACAAAACAGUCACGAAUGACUUAUAACUAAUGUAAAGGAUUAAAAAGCAAUACCCCCACUUAACAGCUAAUUCUCUUCCCCUCUGCUCAGCGAAGUAAGAGUGGAUUAAUGGGGAGAACGUGCACCCGUGUGGAAUAUGCACGCUUCUGAAAGAGGCGAGGGACGGAGAAUGCGCACGUGCCCAAGGUCACUCGUGGCGUCCUCGGAAUUUUUCCUGGGCGCGCUCUCUCUCUCUCUCUCUCUCUCUCUCUCUCUCUCUCUCUCUCUCUCUCUCUCUGUGUGUGCCAGUCAGGAUAAAAAGCUCAUUCCACUCCCGCGCACUCAGCAGACCACGUCUCCCACAGCUGGAAGAGCGCCCCGCCAUGCUGCAGCUGUGGACCUUCCUGGUGGAGAAGCUCUCCCUCCUCUCCAACUUCAAACUCUUCGAGUCCAGCUGGUUGGACGGCGGGGGGGAUGGGGCGCGCCCCGCGCAGCGCGCAGCCGCCGCCGCGCGGCCGCGGAGAGGAGACCUGCUCGAGGUGCCCAGGACCCUCUUCACCCACUUCGGCAUUUACCUGGGCGACAACAGAGUGGCCCACCUGAUCCCCGACAUCCUGCCCGUGCUCACGGACGACGAGGGGCUCCUCGGCUCCGCCGUGACGAACGAGCGACUCAUCCUCGGCUGCGUGUCCAAGUGCGCCACGGUGCGCGUGGACACGCUGGAGGACUUCGCGUACGGCGGCAGCGUGCUGGUCAACCGCAUGGACAGGACGACGAGGGCGCGGGCGUUUGCCAAUGAAGAAGUCGCCGGGAGGGCCGAGCAACUCGUCGGAGCCACCCGGUACAGUCUGCUGUGGAAUAACUGUGAACACUUUGUGACCUACUGCAGAUACGGGUGCGCAGCCAGCCGCCAGACAGAGAAGUUCUGCGAGUGUCUGAAAUCAAUCAUCAGAGACCAGCGCAGCGUCAUCGUCACAGGACUGCUUGGACUUGUCUCCAUCGCGUGUUUCGGCGUGGCGCCUUCGACUACAUUGCCCACAAUCCUUAUCCCCUUCACCCUGUGGAUGGCUGGUUAAAGGAGCUCAGCACGAAGGAUAAAAUUAAACUGAGCUGAACUUUUACUUGGCAGAAGACGGCGACAGACUGGAAACCUCUUCUGAAGAGCAAACUCUUGUCACGCGAUGCCUUUGAAGUCCAGUUUGCAGAAAUACUUUCAUUUCAUUGUUUGAACUGUGGACGUUAUUAAUACGCUACUCAUACUUGUCCUCGCAAAAUCUUUGGUAUAAGAUUAAAAAUUGAGUGAUUCAGUUUAGCUAAUGUUUGAGUCACCACAAAAGUAGCAAUUUCAGAGUAUUAUAAUGUAUAUAUAUAUAUAAAUAUAUAGCAGGUAUUUGUUAUAGUAUUUUACUCCAUGUAAUGCUGUAUAUAUGACAAAUGUUUAAUA